GUAAACUUUGGAGCACGUGUGUUUACGAUUAUGUUUUUGUGGGUGGCGUGUUACACUUAAAAGUUUGUGAAAGUUUUUAAGCAGAGGAUAACGUGUUUUUGCAGGUACAAGAGCGGACUCGUAUUCUGACACGCCAUGUCAAACAUCCUUCAAGCAUGACACAGUUUAGUAGUGACGGAAAGGCUGCCAUAGAGAGGACCAUUGAGGUUGAUGUCUUACGUGAAAGAACUCCUGCAUUUGAAGUGGACACUGUUUACGAAAUUGAAAGAUGUGCAGAAUGGAUAAGAGAAAUUGGUGCGAAGACGAUCUGCCUCCAGUUUCCAGAUAAACUGUUGCCAGAUUCCGUUGAUGUCUCUUUAAAACUUCAAAAGUUGCUGGCUCAUAAUCAGGUGUUUAUAUUGGGAGAUACAUCUUAUGGUAGUUGUUGUGUUGAUGAAGUUACUGCACAGCAUGUUAAUGCAGACGCAAUCAUUCAUUUCGGCCACGCAUGUUUAAGCCUCACGGAUCGCAUACCAGUAUUGCAUAUUUUCGAGAAAUAUUCAUUAGAUAUUGAACAGUUUGUUUGUGAAUUCACAAAUAAUUUCCAGAAACAUGAGAACUUAAUACUUUUAUAUGACGUUGCAUAUGAACAUUGUAUUAGUAGAAUAAGAGAGAGACUGUGUUCAGACUACAGUAAUUUGCUCAUUCCUUCACUAAACAUCAGUGUGCACGUAGAAGAAUCCAAUGUUAUAUGUGGCAGGUGUUUCAGUGUUCCAAGAGAAACAGUAAUUAGUGAUUACACUGUUGUAUUUUUAGGGAAGAAUGAAAGGACGUUUCAAAAUAUAGUUUUAGAACUAUCUGGUGCAAAAGUUUUUAUUUUUGAUCCAUUUGAUGCCAAUGUCUUAAGGGCACAUAACGUCAGCAACAAUAAAUUUCUUAUGAAACGGAUGUUUCUAAUCGAGAAAGUGAAAGAUGCCAGGAUAAUUGGUAUUUUAGUAGGCACCUUAGGUAUUUCAAAGUACCUUACAGCUAUCGACAGAAUUAAGAAUAUUGCAAAGGAAAGAGGAAAGAAAUGUUACAUAGUAGUAGUAGGAAAACCUAAUGUUCCAAAAUUAGCAAAUUUCCCAGAAAUUGAUGUCUUUGUGCUUUUGGCUUGCCCAGAGAAUUCUUUCACAAAUGAAAGAUUUUUUAAGCCAUUGGUUACAGCAUAUGAUUUUGAGCUUGCAUGUAAUCCUAACAGGCCAUGGAGUAACAUUUAUCUCACAAAUUUCCAAGAUUUCUUGUGUGAUGACAGUGACAUGAACACAUCAGUUGAUGGGUUACAGUAUGAUCUUUCAAAUGUGUCUCUUACAGGAGGUCACUUACAAACUAUGGAAAAAUAUGAUGAAGAAGCAGUGAACGAAGUUUCUGGUACCAGUACGGUAUCACUAAAGAGUAAUACUGCACUUUCUUUGCAUGGUGCAUCGGGAAGCCAUUUCUUAGCUAGUAGAAGCUGGAGGGGUCUGGAACAGAAUUUAGGGCAAACUAAAGUGGAGCAUGCCUCAAAAGGAAGAAGUGGUAUUCCUAUGCGUUAUGAUAAUGAGCCUGACUCUUAAGUGAAGGACUUAUUGUAUAAAUAAUGCUCCUAUGUGAGCUGGACACAUUUUUUUCUGUAAAGCUCAUAUGACUGUACUGCGAUAUUAUGUCUUGUAUUUUCUGUCAUUAAAAGAAACUUUUGCAGCCUGA